AUGUCGAAAAACGUGCUAGAAGAUUCGAAAAUUCGCGUACCCGGCAAGUUUCUCACGUUCACACCCAAACACCAUUGGCGACGGCUUUCAAUCAUGUUUGAUGGCGUGAGUGGAAAAAAAACCUGAUUUUAUAGUCGAUUACUCCCGAAUUGAGAGGCGAGAGAUACGGAGAAGGGAGCGAGAAGCGUAGCGUUCGCGUACGUGGUUCUUGGAAAGAGUUCAAGUAAACCGUUGCCGACUAUUUGGAGAGCUAAUUUAUCGCUCUAUUCAUUUCUUUUUCAGUUCUGUGUUGAUUUUUUUUUUUCACUAUUGCAUAGAGUAAUUACAAAAAGAGCGCUGAAAAAGCGCCAAACAGUCGGUGUCGCUUAAAUGGAAAUAAUGCAAAGAAACGCGUACGCGUCCCGUCCGAUUCUCCACCUCCCUCUGUAGAUGUUCAAAGUACAAGUACAGGGGCACUAGGAAUCAUUUCUAAGAGAAAAAAAAACCGCAACAUUCCAGAAGCAGAGUCAACCCCAACAUCUCGAAGAACAAGAAAGUUCACGAAGCGCCUCCAGUCAUGUCAUGAGGUGAAACCUACCGCCAUUUUGAUCAGAAAUGUUGAUCGGUUUCGCUUAAGCACGCCCACCUUGUCCACUCCUGAAGAACCAACACCUGAGCCACCAUCUCAACUGGCAACGCUAGCGGCUGUCGCUAGAAAUCAUGCUACAACUUUCCUCUCUUCGAACAACGCCGGCGGAGUCGCCAUUCAGAUUGAAACGGCUGACGACGACGACUACGAUGCGAGAAAUGUGAAAAAUGGUUAACGAAAAAAAAUGUUCCUCAUCAAAAAUAUUUAAUCAGAUGUGAAAGAAAAACAAGGUGACGAACCCUUGUCAAUGGUCCGAUCCAUGUCGCUGAACGUUUCUUCCGCGUCAGAAAGAUCAAAUAUUUUGGCCGAGAGCGACGGCGACGAGGACAUCCAAUCUCAGCUCUCUUUCAUCAUGAAAGAACGGCUUCAUUCGCUAGCCAAAGAGGUCUGCGACUUAUUGGAAGAAAAAAUGCUGGUCAAACUUUCCCGAGUUGAUAGGCGAUAAGGCAAGAUUUACUUGUUGCUCAUGUGACGCGGCGUUUGGCAGAAUCCCGAGGUCAUUUGCAUUGAUUAUAUGACAGAAUAACCAAGAAAUUUGAGCGGCGGAAAGAAAUUGCCCGGACGAUAGCCGCUCAGGCUCACAGAGUAAAUUUGCUUUAGGACAAAAUGAAAGUUGUUUUUUUUUCUGAAUUUUACUUCUGUUCUGAUUAUAGUGAAAACGACAUUUUAAAAAAACCAAUGCAAGUUGAAUAGUCGAAAAACAGAAAGCUGUUAGGUGGAGUAGCAAAAAAAUUUUUUGUUUUGAAAGUCACUAAGCACUUUCAAAGCGAAAUGAAGUCUUGAUGUAAUCCAAAAAUCUCAUAACACAUUUUAGUUAAAAAAAACCGAGCUUUCGUUGUAAACUUCCGUUUUUUCGUAGUAUUUUUGAACUCAAUAGCUUUCCGGUAUAUGAUGGGGGAACAUUUUUAGCUUUUCAUCCAUUGUUCUGCAUUAAAAUGUUUUCGAAUUAUCCAGAGCGCACUUCCUCCGGUGGUGAAUCUGGGGAGACUAUUCUGUGCAGGCUAUUUUUUCUCGGCUCUGAGGUUUUUUGCCCGCGGCUAUCCAGAGCGUUCUAAAACAGGGUUUACGCAAAAAGAGGCGCACACUAUUCUCAAUGGAGCGCGUAACUUGGAGCGUUGUUAAUCAAAAUCAAGGUGCUUUUUUUUCUUCAAUUUACAUGCUAUUAACUUUUUUUUAUUGUUUUUUUUAAAUCUUUUUUUUUGUUUCUAUGCACGUAAAUUUUUAAUUAAUGUUUUUAAACGUAUUAGAAAGUUUUCAAAGUGUCCAUAGCUCGUUAAUGUGUCGAAAAGUUGUUUAUAAAAGAAAAUACUGUAUCCGAGAGACAAAAUCGAAAUUCCAACUCCAAGAAUCGAUCAAAAUAUCAGUUUCCAACUAAUAAUCAUGAAAAAAAAGCUGUCAGUGUCCGCGCAAAAGAGAAAAAUUUCGACUUGACGAAAAAAUUCAAAAAAAGGUGCAAUUGGUCUGUACCUAAGAGACAAAACCGAAAAUCGAAAUUUCAACUCCAGGAAUCGAUCACAAUAUCAGGUUUCAAUUACUUAAACAGGAAAAAAAAGAAUACAAAAUCAAACCUGAGUCAAAAAUUUCAACUUUCGUGAACAGAACAAUUAUGUAGUCCUUUGAACCAAUCAAACCACAAGAAAUCAAACUGCGAAAUUUUAAGAGAGUUAUAAGAAAUGACUAGUAACACUUGGAAACUAUAAAUGUCAGGAAAAAAAUGCUAGCCUUCAAAUAAUCAAAAAAUCCGGACUCUUAAUUACGACGCGAAAAAGACGAUUGUUAGCCACGCCCACUGAUGCAACGUCCGCAUGCUUUUCAGAAAAGGGGCGGGAACCCCGCUUUAGAACGCUGUGUAUCCAUCAUUCAUACAACAACGGCUAUUUUGUUCCUGAAACUCAGUCAUAUACUCAACGCAAUCAUUCAAAGCAUGUGAGAAAACAUCAAAAACAAAAAACAGAAAAAAAAUAACGGGGCUCACGCAAUUAUGCAAAAAUGUCAUUUAAAAAAAAAAGAAGAGAGAAUCAUGAAUCAAAGUGGUUUGCUUCUCAUCUCGAGUUUCUGGCCAAAAAGCCUUGCCGCCUUCCAAGCCUUGGAAUAUUACGAAUAAAGCGCAGAUUGAACAAUAGAAUAAAAUAAAAAAAUGAACAUGCAACGUUAGGUUCAUCGACGCACGUCGGCAGUGCGACAAGAUUUGAUGAGAGAGUCGCCAGAAGAUACCGAGUCGUUGGCCUCGGCCAACACAGUCAAGCAAGAGGUUCAUCGGCCAAGUCUUAUGUCUCUGAUUGGCCUGCAGGUGGGUUUUUUCUUCUGUUGAUCGUCCAAGGCUUGCAAGAAAAAAAGCUCUUGUAAUGAUUGCCGUUGCAGCAACGUCCCGAAACGCCGACCCGUGCCGUGGUCGGCUCUUCGGCAAAAACACUUUUUGGGCUCACUCUCACUGACACGAUACAUCCAUACGGCAAGUCUACCAAAAAAAAAGCAUUUUCUGCAGAUGCCGUAGGUCACAGCUGGGCUAGCCUCUGAUCAAUUUUAAAUAUUCUUGUUAGGCGCGCAGAUAGAGAACGCGAAGUUGAAUAUUGAAGCUUAUUGUGAGCAAGAACUGACCAGAAACAAGAAUUCAGCUCAUGUAGGCUGACUAGGGUACGGUCGUCAUGAGUAUCAAUCUCCUUUCGUUUCUCCCUCCGAGCUAGAGAUUCAUUCCAAUAGAAGCGCGCAGGAUUUUUCUCGGCUUUCUUCUUUUAUUUGGCCUAAAAUUUCUGUUAUAGUAAAGGCGCAGGCAUAAAUAUGCGCAUCGAAAUUUCAGGUCAAAACGAUUUUUUUUUUGACAAAGUUACGCACAUAAAACCAAAAAAAAAAUACUCACCCAUUUCCGGUACUGUACUUCUGAGAAUGGACGGUGAACACCCCAUAAUAUGUCUUUCGCGAAACCUCUAACAUACCUUCCGCUCUCUAAGCCAGAGGUCCUUGAGGAUGUACCUCUAGUCUAUCGCUUUUUGCUCAAAUUCAGCAGAGAUAUAUUUGUGGCACCAUUGUUGGUCCCAAGACCCAUCGAUAUACAUCCGGAAGUAUCACAAUACCCUUUCUCAGUUUUCUUGUGCAGCUACUAUAGAGAUGGUCUCUGGAUACUAUCCGAGAGGAGUCUGGAUUCUAUCGCUAUCCUAAUUGACAUUUGCGAUUGCUUCCAGGUAGUCCGGCGUAUUCUACCGGUUAGAUAGCCGGUCUUAUUUCGCUAUCAAUUAUCGGCCAAGUUGAAUAAAAUCCGCGCAAAACUCUCAUAAUUUUAGGACGCCUUUAUAUGACGUGGCUGGCCAUUGUCACGUUCGCCUUCCUCUACAAUGUUUUUUGCAUCCCCCUGAGGUCUGCAUUUCCAUUCCUGUUUAUGUACAAAAAAUGAACAUUUCUCCAGUGAACGACUUCUCUACACAUUUAAAUACACAGAACUUGAGAAAUUUUUUUCUCUUUUUUUCAGGAGCAGCUAUCCCUACCAGACCUCGUCAAACUGGAUCUAUUGGUUCUGUAUGGAUUGCAUCGCCGAUUUUAUCUACCUUUUCGACAUGAUCAUGAUCAAACCGCGACUACGAUUCAUGCGAGGCGGCAUACAAGUUGUGAGUCCUUGCUCGGCUUGCACUCACAUGGGAACUACCCUUCCCCUUCCAGUAGGCCGCUUAGUGUAGUGGCUAGCGCGCUAGCACUGCGGAGACUAUGGUCAUCCUUUUAACGCAAUUUAUUUUUGCUAUUUUUUCGUUAGAAAAAAUUUAUCAAAAUUUUUAAAAUUCUUCCCAAUUUUUUUUUCUCAAAACAGGAGCGGUCCCCAAUUUCAGUCGUUACUAACGAGUUUUUUCGAAAAUUUCUCAGUUUUCCCUUUCAGAGGGUGUUCUCGGGGUGGUUUGAAAAAAAGACCAGCGAAAUUUCGAACGGCGACUUUUCCGAAGUUCCCUAGCGAUAUGAAAAAAUCGGGAAAGUCGCUGUUCAAAAAAUCGCUGGUUUUUUUUUUCAUACCACCGUUCUCGGACGACGAAAAAACCUGUAAACUUUUAAAAUUUCGUUUUUUUCAGUGAUAAAGUGACCAAAGAAGUUGCGAAGUAUAUACAUGGUAAAAAGAGAACAGAAAAUUUUCGCGAAUUCGGCGAAAAAAGGUCCUUCUUUCGUAGUAUUGGAGUAUAAGUCAAUAGAAACUAUGCUCAAAUAAGCAAAAAGUGUUUUGCGGUAAAAAAUUUUGCGCUCAGAUAAAAAACUCUUUAAUGAAGUUCAAAAAAUCGAAGGCUUGUCUGGCCUGGCCCAUGAGUCUCACACCCCGGGCCGCAGCAGGCCGCCUAGCCGGAUGCACAAGCCUGGCGGUAUGUGAAUAUUGCGCAUGUUCAGCCAAUUGCUCGAGAUAACAAAAUAAUUCACGAUGAGCACAUGGAUUUCUAUUCCAUUACCAAAAAAAAACUUUUCCAUACUACUAUGAUGCGACCUUUCGCAUUGAGCGUAUUCAGAAAGUACAAAAAGAAACUCGACGUCAUUACCUGAUGACGCGAACAUUCAAACUCGACAUUAUCAGCAUUCUGCCGACCGACUUUUUCUACAUUUAUUUCGGAACUCUUCCCAUUUGGCGUCUCAACCGUAUUUUCAAGGUUUCCAACCGUUGAUUUUCAAAACCAAAGAAAAAAUUAUUAAAAAAGAUCAACUCGUUCUGGCUGCUUUUUGACAUGUUGGACAACUCGUUCUCCAACCCUUACGCCAUUCGGUAUCACACUUUCAGUUUUUUCGUUGAGUAUUAACCAUAGUCGUUGGAGAAAGAUACUAAAAUUUCAAGCUUUCUGCAUAGAGAACAGUUCUCAUGAAUUUUUCUUAAUCAUACUUAGGAAUUCAAGAGUGGUACCUAAUAGGGAUACACGAGACGAGGUUUUCUCAUCUCGAGACGAGAUCGAGACGCGGAAAUUUUUGGAAAAAAAAAACCUCAAGACGAGAUCGUGUCUCGUGCAUCCCUGGUCCCUAUAGGAACCACAUGUAGGAAUCGAAAAGGGGGUUCCUAUAGGGGUAAAAUAAAGGUGAUCCCUAUAUGGGCUUAGAGUCUGACUUUUUAGCUUCUAAAGCUUGAGUGAUCCCUAUAGGGGUUUCUCAAUUUCAUCCAAAAAACGCUCAUAUAUUCAGUUUUUCCAUGGAAAUGCUUCUCCGUUAAUAGUUCAUAACAAUUAUCAACCAGAAUGUCCUCUAUAGGAGCCACUAACUGAAACCCCUUAUAGGGACCUUUUUUGCAAGAUUUAGUGGCCCUACAGUGUUGGUAAAUUGUCCCUAAAGGAGACCCUCCAAAGGCCUCUAAGGUUGUCUCUACAGAGGGACCACUCGGAUUCCUAAGUGAUGACAAAAAAAAAUUAAAAAUUCUUUUUUUUUCGAGCCAGAUAAAUAAUUGCAAGCAUAUACGAAUAAUAUUCGAAAUAUUGAAAAAUGCAGGAUUGCCCGAACCUUGUCCUACAUGAUUUACAUUAUCCACUGCAACAGUUGCAUCUACUACAAACUGAGCGCUCUGCAAGCUUUUGGACAGAUUGCCUAUCAUGAGAACGGCAAAUGGUACCUUAACAAAUGGGUGUACAACAACCAAGGUGGACACUUUCGAACGAUUUUUUUUUCUCAUUUCAAUUUUUUAUACUACCCAGAGCGAGAUGUUUGCGGGUCCUUCAGUGUAUGACCAGCGACAUCGCGUUCAUCUCCCCAGUUAUUUUUAGUGUUACUUCUGGCCGUUCAAUUGGCAUUGAAAGGCUCGCCAGAGUCUCGCUCUGUCUUUGUGCGGUUCUUGCAUUUUUCUCGGCACGACCUCUCAUUUCGAAAUUUUUCAUAUUUCGAUUGUGUGCAGAAUCGAGAGAAAUGCUCGGUCGCCCCGAGAAUAACGCGAGAUGUUUUCGAGUUCGUCAAAGCCAAUUGAACGGCCUUGUCCUACAAUCAAUUCUCAGAUAUUCUUUUCGAAGAGAACCUAUUGCUGAAAAAUAUGCAUAUAGAAGAGUAUUUGAUUCGAGAACAAACAUUGAAAGCAUUUGAAAAAUCCGGUGGUAUGAAAUAAAGAUCAACGAAAAUUCAAACGGCGACUUUUCCGAUUUUUUCAUAUUGCUAGGGAACUCUCCGACGGCCACCUUUCCGCCGAAUCUUUUUCCGACUUUUUUUUCUAUAAACUCUUCGUUUUGAAACAUCUAUAUAAAGUAGGCUAGUUAUUUAUGAUUAAAACACAAGGAAAUAGGAAAAAAAUUUAAUAGAUGUUCUAUAAACCAAAAAAAUAUAUGGGAAAAAAGUCGGAAAGGGAUCCGUCGGAAAGGUGGCCGUCGGCAAGUUCCCUAGCGGUAUGAAAAAAUUGGUAAAGUCCCCGUUCGAAAAUUCGUUGGCUUUUUUUUUCAUACCACCAAAAAUCCGGGAAUGUCAAGUCAUCGCCUUGAAUGUCAAGUCAUCGCUCAAACUCCGCCCCUUCUUCGUAAAUCAAACCAAUCAGAGAUCAAGCCAUUCACAGAGCGUUUUUGAAUGACGUCAAUGUAGUUUACAUUCAAAUCUGAUCAGACUAUAACUGAGCUCUCGUGAUGGAUAGUGAAACAUGCCAAUAAUUGAAUAAAGUAACAACAAAAAGAAAAUAAUUGGAGGAAAUGCCUACAUCCGCUGCUUUUACUUUACCGCAGCGGUAGCCACUUCUACUGGAAACAAUCCUGCACCAACAAAUGUCAUUGAGUUAGUUUUUUUUGUGAUACAACAAAUUAUAAUAAAUGUAGGCAAAACUUGCUCGUUUCAACACAUGUUCCUCGCUUUUUUGCAUAUUAUGCGUUUUCUCGUUCCACUAGUUGAAAUCGAUUAUGCUUUUGGAAACGUUUGAGUAUUUUUGUUGAACACAGGAAAGUCGGAAGGGUGGAAAAAGAAUCCAUUGAAAUGAUCCUUUUGCGCCAUUAUCAACCAUUCAGACUUUGCCCGAGAAUGCUACUUUUUCACAGGUACAUUUAUAUGACAUGUUCUUGGAUGAUGGGCGUGUUCGUUUUCGCCUUAUUGUUGGGUCAGGUGAGCUUUUCAUUUUUUCUUUUGAAUUUCUUGAAGAAAAAAACAACUUGUCUUUUUUCUUAGAAUUUUUUUCAAUAUCUUCAAAAAGACUCUUUGCAGAUACGGGAUAUCGUCUCUAACGCAAACCGAAAUCGAGAAGAGUUUCAGCGAAGGAUGGACAAAGCUUUGGGAGAAUGCAAACGACUUGGUAGCUUUUGUUGUUUGCAGCUGUGUGGUAAACGAUUGAAGUAGCCUAAGAUUUUUUUCAAAAAUUCAAUGAAUAUGUUUCCAAAUGCGAAGCCAAUUUUAAGGUUUGCCAAAAGAUCUGACGGACCGCGUACGCGACUGGUUCAUCUACACCUGGCAACAGCAGAAGACACUUGGUUCUUUUUUCUUUGUUUUUUUGACUUUGCAUUCUCGAUGUGAAAUUAUUGCUUCAUACAACAUAAUCAUGGCGAUUUUUUGAGAAAAAAAUUACUGAACUUUUAGAUGAGAAGAAGUUGAUUGAAAAGCUGCCUUUGAAACUUCAAACCGACCUGGCUCUGUCGGUCCACUACAACACUCUCAGUAAGGUGCAACUUUUUCAGGUUCGUUGAAGGCUCUGUUUUAAUUGAGUACUGAGUUAGUAAUGAACUAAUUGGGUUUGAAUUUCAAUGGUGGGUUCUAGGGGACUAAUGAAAAAUAAUAAUUUUGUGCUCACAGCGUUUUUUUUUUUGACGACGUCCCGUCGCGAAAUUCAAAAUAAUUCAUAGAUUUCGGAAAUUCAUAUAUAUGUUUCAUUCCCUGGCGGUAAUUUUGAAUCACUUCGAACACGGCAACAGAAGAAUUACGUUUUUUUUAAAAUGAAAAAUCUAUUCGUCUCAUGACUCAUUGAACACGUGCCUUUAAUAUUCCCAUUUGUUUACGAUUGUUUCCCAUGACGUCACAUGGGAACGGCCGGCAGAGGUUUUGACCACGCCUCACUCUUUUUUUGUUUUGCAUUAUCUUCCACUAACAAAAACUCCAUUUACUAAGAUUCUUAGGGUGCUGAGAAAAAGCGGAAAAUGAAUUUAUUGAAACGCUAUCAGACCUUUUUCUUCGGAUUUCACAAUUCGAAAAAUCCUGCUUUCAAAAAUCCUAUUAUUUGCAACACAAUAAAAAAAAUUUUUCAGAAUGGCAAAUCAAAAAAACACAAUUCUGGCAGAUGUACAAAACAUUUUUUGAUCAAUCUUAUCCAGGACUAAAGCCAAUUUUUCCCGACUUGAAAGGCGAGGGAGGCGGGGCAGAGAGCGAAACGCGUAGCGUGUGCGUUCGCGGUUCUUGCGACGAAAUAAAUUCAAGCGUCACCGACUAUUUAAAAAGUUCGGUCACCGCUCUUUUAGUAUCCAUUCCACUAUUUUUUAAUGCGCACAUGAAAAAAGUCAAUAAAUAAUUUCAAAAGAAAUAAAAAGAGCGGAAAAAGGUCACUCCAAAUAGUCACUGGCGGUUGUCUAAAAAACAGCCAGACAGCCCAAAAGUUUCCAAAAAGUCAAAAAAAUUCGAAUUCUAAAAAUAAAUUUCAUAGAUUUUUUUAAUCUGCAGCUGAAAGAUGAUCAAAGUUGUUACCAACAGAAAUUCGAGUUUUGGAAGAUAAUUAGGUGAAAGUUCAAUUUUAAUCGAAAAAGUUAAUGGUCUUAUAGUUUUGUCUCUCCUUACUUUUCGUUUUUCAUUUUUCAGGGAAGGGUUUCAUAGUUUUAAAAUCUAUUUAUUGACUCAAAGUGUGGAUACCUCGAUUGAACUUUGUUAGAAAACGAUGAAUUUUCUUCCAGUUUCUUUUUCUUUGUUGUUGAUAAACAUGUUUUUUUAGGAUUGCGAUCGUGCGCUUCUCCGUGAUUUGGUCUUAAAACUGCGGCCCGUCAUAUUUCUUCCAAACGAUAUGAUUUGCAGAAAGGUUGAGAGAGAGAGAGAUGGAGAGUUUUGUUCGUUAGAGACUCUCUCAUCGAUGUGCUUUUUAUUCUGAGAGCCAACUUCAGGGCGACGUCGGAAAGGAAAUGUACAUUGUGAACCAAGGAGUUCUUCAAGUGGUUGGCGGCGAGAGGAACGAGCUCGUUUUCGCCGAACUGGGCCAGGGUGCAGUAUUUGGAGAAAUCAGGUGAUAACGAUAGGUGCCGGCCCUCACAAGGAAAGUCAUUUUUCUUUGCGACUUGAAUCUUUCUUCAAAUUCACUCAAGAACUCUCUGAGAGUUUAGAUGAGGAUCCAUAAAAGUUGCAACCCGCUCCAGCCUCUAGUUUUUGAGAUAAUUGUUUCUGUAGUUCGAAAAGUCAGGCUUGAAACUAAAAUUUCGCGACUUUGAAAAUCAGAUCUUAAAAACUUGAGUUUUGCGCAGGCAGCGAUUGUGUGGGAGUCUAGACCACUGAAGAGUGUCUGAGCAAAUUUAUAGAAAAUUCUACCCCGCCAAGUAAAAUGACGUCCCUUGUCAGGUUUUUUAAAAAGAUCGAUUUUUUCACAUUUUUUUUAUUUGUUGCAAACCUGCAGUCUACUGGCUAUUGGAGGCAACAAUCGACGGACGGCUUCCAUACGCGCCAAGGGCUAUGCGACGCUUUUCGUUUUGGCAAAGGAAGACUUGAACGACGUCAUCCGCUAUUAUCCACAAGCUCAGGCGCUUCUCAAGCGGAAAGCGUCGUUAGUUUGUGUUUCUCCAACCUGAGAGAGUCGAACAAAAUUCCAGCCAAAUGCUAAAAAAUGACAAAAAAUCGGACACGACAAAUGUUCAAGUGAAAACUCGACAAAUGGAAGACCGAUGCAAGAUUUCGACGCUAAACACGCCUAAAAUACUCAAAGUUUGUUUUCCUCUGACAUGGGAAAUGAUCGAGUUGAGAUUGUGGCCGACCUUCUUCCACAAGACCGUAAAACGACUCGGGAGCUCAGAAAAGCCAUGCAAGAUUCCGGUGAUUUUGGCCAUUUAUUGCUUUUGAAUCAAAUGUCAGAAGUCAUCGUGGUUUAUUCUAAAAAUCCAAGUAACCAGAAAAAAAACACCAGCCUGUUUAGUAACUCCAGAGUGGUCCCUAUCGGGGCAAACUUAGGAGGGUCCUUUCUAGGAACCACCUUACCAACCCCUAUAGGGGCUACUAAAGCUUGCAAAAGUGGUCCCUGUAGGGGUUUUAGUUGGUGCCACCUAUAGGGGACAUGCUGGUCGAUAAUUAUUGUAAAAUCUAUGCAAAAUUGCAUUUUCAUGCGAAAAACCAAAUUAUAGUUCGAGAAGUCCCGCCCUUUCGAAUCGCGAAAAACAGACUACAUUGUGAGGAAUUUCUGAAGGGUCCCUAUAGCGGUUUGUUGUUUAAGAGACCCCAAUAGAGAGCAAAAUAGGGCUCCCUAUAGGGGGAAAAUCUUAGGGGUCCCUAUAGGGGUUUAGGGUCUGAAAGAGUUUUUUCAAUGAAGUUGAAAGACCCCUCUAGAGGCCCCUUGACCAACUUAACUUUAACCGUAUAGGGGCCAAUUUUCCGACCCCUCUAGGGCACUGCGUUUUUUUUUUACGACGCCCCGCCCAUAUUUCUCCGUAUAGUGUAGUGUGUCGUGAGCAUGCACUGUUUCUUUUUUUUCGGAAGGGUUUUGUAGCGCGUAAAAAAAAAUUGUAUUGUGCAGAGCUGGCGCGGGUCGUAUUUCGCUCUACUUUCGCAGUCUAACCAAAAAAAAAAUUCGCAAAUGGAAGAUAGUCAAUUGUGGCUCUCACACAAGUAGCAAGUGAUGGUUUCAUGGUUCCAGAAACGCGGCGUCAGUCCAUGUCGCAGUAUUACCCGUGGCAUCGUCUGAAAGUAGACUAUGACGACGACGACGAAGAAUCCAUGUCUGAUGUCAGUGACAUGGAAAGCGUCUUCGAGUUCGAAAGCGGCGCCGUCGAAAUCUCAACACAAGACGCGCUAGAAGACGCUCACGUCAUCGACGGCAAAGACUUUGGCGGGAAUAAAAGCGUUUAACAAGCAAAUGCACACACACAAAGACUAAUAUUGAAUAAAUAAGACGGCUCAAAUCGUAAAAAAAAAGAAAUAAAAAGGAAAUCUGGCUGAGCAUUGAAAGAAAUUUAUCGUAAAGAGCUGCUGGCCAGACCGGGGCGACCGCAACGCGCUCCGGAGCGCCCGGCAUCGCGAAGCAGUCACACUGUUGGAAGACUUCUCCGCAGUUACUCAAUGA